CCACCCUGCCCUCCGCCUGGGGAGGACGCCCGGCCGGGGACGCCCGGCGAUGAGGUGCCCCCGGCCCCGCUGGGCGCCCGGGGCUCCUACACCCCAAAACUCGUCCAGGCCCGGCCCCCCAAGUGCUUCGACAAGAAGCUCAAAACCCUCCAGCAGCUGUGCGAGGAGCACGCCUUCAACCAGACCCUUGACCGGCUGCAUCAGAUUGAGAAGAUGUUCAGGGGCGACGUGUGCUACCUGCUGAUCAACCGGAUCAGCCGAGCGCUCCUGAGGCAGCAGGCCUUUGCCGGGUUCCUCUUCGAAGAGGUGUCUCUUCUGGAUGAAGGGCAGGCGGAAAGGCCGCUUGGAGUCUGCCAGGGACAGAACCCGGACCGUCCCGACGCCCCCUGCUUGGAAAGCUGCCUGAGUCCUGAAUUGCUAGCCGACCUGGGGUCUUACAAAUCCAGUGUGGAGUCGGUGCCUAUUAAAAUGGAUCAGGAGAUGGAAGACAGCCAAGAUGCCGAGGCCCCCCACCCUCUCUCUUACGAGAACAUUGAGCUGCUUGAUAGAGACCUGAAAGGCAGCGUCAGCAGUGGCGAAAGCAUUGAAGUUUUGGGGACGGAGAAAUCGGCGACUGCCUCCGUGCCCUCUGAAAGUCAGCCUGCCUUGCUGCAGGUGCCCCCCAGCCCCCCCGCGGUGAGGAACAAAGCAGCCAGCAGCAGGACCAUAAGCGGGGACAGCAUCGAAGUCCUUAGUACCUGCCCCUCAGAAGCCCUGAUUCCAGAUGAUUUCAAAGCAAGCUACCCAAGUGCCAUUAACGAAGAUCCUUAUGGUGGCGAAGAAGAUGAGGGCUUUCUCUUCAACCGCGUUUUAAAUCUGGACAGUGCUGAAGAGGAGGCGGAAGACAACCCUGCGCCUGAAGCCCCCCCGGGGGACACUUCUUGCUGCAUUGGAAAAGAGAGCCCGAACUUUCUGGAAGGUCAAGCUAACGUGCCUCCCAAACCCGGCGAUGACGACGGCGUGGUCAGCAUCCCCCCGCAGCCAUACAGGCCGGGUGAUGUGGGGUUUCAGAUGAACUUCGCAGACUACUCCCAUGAUGGGGUCUUGGGAGGCCUCCUUGCCUAUGAACUCGAUCCUCAUUACCUCUCAGGCGGCCACGAAACCAGCAAAAUGACCCUGGAGAAGUGCUCGGAUUCCACGAGCUACAUUAGCAGCACGGCGUCCACCAACUCCGACGGAACUCCUUCCCCCGCUGCUCUUGUCGGAGAACGGUCCAAGAAGGCCGGGCAGAGCGCCUUGCGCUUCAUCCGGCAGUACCCCUUUGCUCACCCUGCUAUCUAUUCUCUGCUGAGUGGGAGGACCCUGGUGGUGCUGGGGGAAGACAAGGCAACGGUCGAGAAGCUCAUAACUGCCCUCUCCAUUUUCGUCCCCAACUGCGGGGCGUACGCCAAGCCCGUGAAGCACUGGGCCACCUCGCCUUUGCAGAUCACAGACUUUCAGAAGUGGAAGCUGGUUGGGCUCCAGAGGUCAACUUCUCCAGGUGGCCCCAACAUGAUGCACUCUCUCAGCCGGUACAGUCGCUACAUCAGUGUGCUGGACGCAGACCACAAGACUCUCCGCUGCCCGCAGUACCGGGGAAACCUGAUCCUCCGUCUGGCGGAUCACCGUACCCAGAUCAAGCGGGGGAGCACCUACUAUGCGCACGUCCAGACCAUCCUCACCCAGCUCUGCUCCAAGGCCUUUCUCUAUGCUUUCUGCCAUCACCUGCACCUCCCCAUCCGAGAGGGAGAGACGGAGGACUCUGUCACAGCGCGGCGGGAGAACUUCUUGAAAGUCCAGCUGGGUCUGGCCAACGAGGACAGCAAAGUGGUCCAGUAUCUUGCUGAGCUUCUGAAAUUGCAGUAUAUUCAGGAUCCCAUCCGGGGGAUUAGCCCAGUGCUCAGGUUUGAUUAUGUGCCCAGCUCUUUGUACAAAAUUUAGGUGGUGUCCAGCCUGCCCUGCCACGCCCCUCCUCGCCCAACGUUCCUCUGUGGCUAUUAGCAGGCUUCCAGGAUUCCCUGGCUAUCCCGUGAGUCUGUGGGAAUCCUGAGAACGAUAUUGAUUAAAGUAAGACUCCAGACAUCUCACGCCACUGUCAGGCUGCUCUUAAAAGGCAGGAGAGUGACAUCUGUACAGAGGAGUGCCCCUUGUACGUGGUGGGCAUUGUGGGUUUGAGAAAGCUGUGAUAUAAUAUUUGUGAGUGAGUUCUCUCAGUGGGGUCUUUUACAAAUUGGUGGGAUUCUGGGUGAAUGCGGUAGAAUUUGUGCUUGUUUCCCCCUCCCCAAGUGGAACUUCUAAGGAGAUCCUAUCUCAGAUGCAUCUCCUUGGAUGUGGGAUAAUAUGCCAACUAAUUUUGUUAUUAGUUGGACAGCUGGCUGUCACUUUUGAAAUGAAAUGCCUGGUUGGUUUUAUUUCCCUUUUGCAAGCGUAGGACAGUGUUCUGAAACUGAAGUUUCUGAUUUGCAGAGGAAGCUUCAAGGGUGAAUUACAGGUGCUAGUUCACUGCAAACCACCCUUUAGCCAUAGAUUUGGGGCAGACAUGCUCCAUACUAGCACAGCAACAAAGAAGAAAAUUUGUACAAGACCAGGUAGCCCAGAUGGAAAGUUAGGUUUCUGGGUCUAUUUAAGAGACCCUAAAACUUGCCUGCUUGUGACCCCCAUCUCUAAGAGUUGCUUAGAAAGCAUCUAGUUCAGGGUUUUUCAACCUUGGCAACUUGAAGAUGUGUGGACUUCAGCUCCCAGAAUUCCCCAGCCAGCAUCCAUACAUCUUCAAGUUGCCAAGAUUGAGAAACGCUGAUCUAGUCAUUUAGGCACCAAGGUGUUUGCAGAGGGCAUCACUGACUUUAGGAGACUGGAACUUGAGAGCCAGGUGGAUCUGCCACCCCAGGACCAUCAACCCUUUUGAGAGCAAUCUGGAGUUGCUUCUGCAAACAAGUAGAACUUGCAUGAACUGAACUGGUGCUGGCUGACCUGCAGCUGUAGUACUUGUAGAUGUAGCGCAGCCCGUCCGGGGGUCCGUGGAGAGAAAAGGCUCCCCUCCCCGAGAAUCUUCCUCUCCUCUUCCUGCCAACUCCUGCGCUGUCUCUGUCUGUUCCCUGCCGAUGCUGUCACUUUCCACACAGCUUUUCUCAUCCCUGCAUGUUUGCUUUCUGGUUUGUCCCCAGAACUUUUGCAUAGGCAGCAGUUAGGAGAAAAUAAAAAUUGGGAGCCUUCAAAAAAAUCCAGGCAGCCUUCCACACGUUCGUGCUAUUACUGAACAAGAACUGGAUGAAAGUGUAUUCAACACCAUGAUUAAAAAAAAAGCAAAGUGUAUAUUUAAAAAAGGAAAUUAUUUAUUUGGGCGCAGAUAUUUUUGAAAUACAAAUAUAUAUAUAGUUGUAUUUUUUAAAGCUUAUAUAACCCUUGCACUCGUGGUAAAAUUCUUAAUUUUAUUGUGCUUAGUAAAAACUGUCCUGACUGUAUGUUUGGGCUCGUGCGUCUGGUACAAUGGGGACAACUGUUGGUGGUGGGAAGAUAAAGGCAAGUGGAGAGAAAUCUGUGUCAAAUAGGUUGCUCAAUUUGUUAUUAAAAGUGCCCUUUUCUUGAAUGGCACAUCUACUUUUUGGAAACUGAGAAUAUAAACCAUGGGAUAAACUCAGGUGUGCAAGAGAAAAAAAGUCACUGUGUUGUUUGGCUUCCUGCAUUCCUCCAUGAUCAACCACAAGGUUUCCUGGGAGGGUUCCAAGGUGGCAUCAAAUGGAGGACCGUCUCCUGCUCAAGCCAUAGCCAUCCGUGUCAAUUGUGGCAAUAAAUUCUGUAACUUAAUGCAAUACAGUUUGAAGAAUAGUUUUUUCCCCCCUAAAUGGCCAGCUUCUCUCCAGAAUUUCUGUAGAAGAGAACCUGAUGCUUGUCCUGCACCAUCAACGGAUUUAUUUUUUUUCUGGCAAGUGGUCCAGGUAGCAUCUUCUACUCAUGCACCUUCUACACAAUUCUGCUAUUUCCUCCUUUUCUUCCCAGAUAAAAAUAGUGGUGAAAGAGCAGUAGCUGGGACAACCCCGUCUGGAAGGACUGAAAUGAGUGUGAAAA